AGGAUGGAGGCCGUGCUGUCCGAUCCGGUGGAUACGGGGGAUCUGUUGAAGUUCGAGAAGAAGUACCUGGCGGAGCGCAAAAGCGGCUCGUUGAGUAAAGGGACUCAGUUCGAAUACGCCUGGUGCCUGAUCCGCAGCAAGUACACCGACGACAUCAAGAAAGGGGCCCGAAUCCUAGAGGAUCUCUUACCGAAAGGGAAUAAAGAGGAGCAGAGAGACUAUCUGUUCUACCUGGCGGUGGCGCAUUACAGGUUAAAGGAAUAUGAGAAAGCGCUGAAAUACGUGCGCACCCUCCUGAGCACCGAGCCAAACAACACCCAGGCCCUGGAACUGGAGAAGGUCAUUGAGAAGGCCAUGCAGAAAGAUGGACUGGUCGGCAUGGCGAUCGUUGGUGGAGUGGCUCUGGGCGUGGCAGGGCUAGCUGGCCUUAUUGGAUUGGCUAUCUCCAAGGCCAAAUAAAGGAGGUCACCACAGAAAAGCCUUAUUUUGCACUAAUUGUGUAACCCUUGGUCACCCUGCUUCAAUAACGGGGGGAAAAAGCCAAACGAUGUGUCUGUCCCCCCGAGCCGGCUCUUAUGCGCCGGCUAUUAAUUUAUUUACCGCCCUGAUUGCAGCGCCAUCCAAUGUUCAGCUUCAUACGUCUUCACUCCCAGCAGAUUCCAUGGUUCUUCCUUUUAAUGUUCUACAAUAAUCGAGACACUUCAUCGCUUCAGUUCCUUUCUUUUUACAUUUCUGUAUAUAUAAUAUAUUCCUUCCGUCUCUGAGAGGAGCAGUUUGGAUCUAAUAAAGAUUCUUUCUAA